UAGGGAGGCCGCAGAAGCGCGGCGAUCACCCUGGCAACACCGCCUUCCGGUCUGCUCUUUCCCCGCCCUCACUUCCGGUUCGGCCGUCUGCGUCAUCGCCUGGAGACCCGCUGUGGAUUUCCGGGUUCGGCUCAGCCAUGGAGAGCGGAGGGCGGCCCUCGCUGGGCCAGUUCAUCCUCCUGGGCACCAGCUCCGUCGUCACCGCCUUCCUGUACUCCGUGUAUCGGCAGAAGGCCCAGGUCGUCCGAGAGCUCAAGGGAGCUAAAAAAAUCCACUUGGGUGAAGACUUGAAGAGUAUUCUUUCAGAAGCUCCAGGAAAAUGUGUGCCUUAUGCUGUUAUUGAAGGAGCUGUUCGAUCUGUUAAGGAAACACUUAACAGCCAAUUUGUGGAACACUGUAAAGGGGUGAUUCAGCGGCUGACACUUCAGGAGCACAAGAUGGUAUGGAAUCGAACAACCCACCUUUGGAAUGACUGUUCCAAGGUCAUUCACCAGAGGACCAACACGGUGCCCUUUGACCUGGUGCCCCACGAGGAUGGCGUGGCUGUGGCCGUGCGAGUGCUCAAGCCCCUGGACUCCCUGGAUCUGGGCCUGGAGACCGUGUACGAGAAGUUCCACCCCUCGGUCCAGUCCUUCACGGACGUCAUCGGCCACUACAUCAGCGGAGAGCGGCCCAAAGGUAUCCAGGAGACUGAGGAGAUGCUGAAGGUUGGGGCUACCCUCACCGGGGUGGGUGAGCUGGUCCUGGACAACAACUCCAUCCGCCUGCAGCCCCCCAAGCAGGGCAUGCAGUAUUAUCUGAGCAGCCAGGACUUUGACAGCCUGCUGCAGAGGCAGGAGUCGAGCGUCCGAUUCUGGAAAAUCCUGACACUGGUGUUUGGCUUUGCUGCUUGUGCUGCCCUCUUCUUCAUCCUCCGAAAGCAGUAUCUGCAGUGGCAGGAGCGACUGCGCCUCCAGCAGAUGGAGAAGGAGUUCCAGGAGCACGAGGCCGAGCUGCUGAGCCGAGCCAAGCCUGAGGACAGGGAGAGUCUGAAGAGCACCUGUGUCGUGUGUCUCGGCAACUUCAGGUCUUGCGUCUUCCUGGAGUGUGGGCAUGUCUGCUCCUGCACCGAGUGCUACCGCGCUUUGCCGGAGCCCAAGCGGUGCCCCAUCUGCAGGCAGGAGAUCAGCCGGGUGGUUCCCCUGUACAAUAGCUAACGGUCCGGAAGCCCCCACAGCUACGCUUGAGAGGAACCUCCCCCUCUUCAGGGGAUUUUAUCUGGAGGCCUUUGGAACAGCAGCGGGUCCCUCCAGGUACGGACAGAGGCAGGUGGGGGAACUGUCCAGAUCCCACACCUCUGACAAUAGGAUGUUGCCUUUCCAACCUGAGAGGGGACCCUUUCCACUUUCCAGCACAGCCUGAGAAUCAGAGCCCCACCUUGGGGGUGUGGCCUGGCUUCCCUUCCCAGGAACCCGAGGCCAAUGUGUGUGACUGAGAACCUCGUUGUUUAAGCGCCAAAGCCAGUCAUCUGCAGCCCUUCUGUUCCUGUCUUCUGGUCCUUCCUGGUGCACUGUUCAGCCUUGAGUGACUCAGCCGGAGGGGAGGCAAGU